AUGGAAGCGGCAAGGGAAGAAAAGUGCGAAUUUAUGCCCUUCAUGUCCCCAAGAAAGGUGAAUAUGAGAGACGGACGCAUUGUUUCUGUUGAAUUUGCCAAAAUGGAACAAGAAUUGGAUGGUCAGUGGGUUGAGGAUGUUGAUCAAACCCUUACUUUGCGAGCUGAUUGGGUUAUUAGUGCCUUUGGAUCGGAUUUAGUUGAUCCUGAAGUAAAGGAAGCACUCAAGCCUUUAAAAUUUGACAAUAAUGGAAUUCCUAUAGUUGAUACUAGAACUCAACAAAGUUCAGAAAAUUGGGUAUUUUUGGGAGGGGAUGUGGCUGGAGUUGCUGAAACUACUGUGGAAUCUGUUAAUGAUGGCAAAACAGCCGCCUGGCAUAUCCACCGUUAUAUCCAAUCAUUAUAUGGCUUUUCAAUAUCAGAAAAACCAGAAUUACCCCUUUUCUGUACUCCUAUUGAUGAGGCAAUUUAUCAGAAUAAUAAAAUUCUGUAA